GGGGCGGCCUUGGCGAGCUCGCGCACCGCGCCGUCGGGGCCCGGGAUCAUCUGAGCGCGUGCGCCAUUGCCUUUCUCGCCCUCCCCCGCCUGCUGCGCCUGCAUUUUCGGUCCUCCUCCUCCCUUGACGGGGGCGCGCGGCAGCACCUUCGACGGGAGAGCCCGCGCGCACGGGAGCGCGCCCCCUGCCGGCCGCCGCCGGGCAAAACAGGCAGGCCGUGGAGGCCGGUCGCUAGCCCCGAUGGAACGGGUGAGCGAGGCGGCCGCCGCCGCCGCCAAUGCCAACGCGUGCGGCCCGUCCCCGCCCGGCUGCUACACGUACCAGGUGAGCCGCCACAGCGCCGACCUGUUGCACAGCCUCAACCAGCAGCGCAAGAACGGCGGCCGCUUCUGCGACGUGCUGCUGCGCGUGGGCGACGAGAGCUUCCCCGCGCACCGGGCGGUGCUGGCUGCCUGCAGCGAGUACUUCGAGUCCGUCUUCAGCGCGCAGGGGCUGAGCGGCGGGGCCGAGGGAGCCACUGGAGGCGGGGGCACAGGGCCUGGGGCGCCCGACGGGGCCUCUGGGGACACUGCUGGGGCAGCCGCUGCCGCCGCCGGCACCACCGGAGGGGUGGCCCGGGAGCUGGAGAUGCACACGAUAAGCUCCAAAGUCUUUGGGGACAUCCUGGACUUUGCUUACACCUCCCGGAUCGUGGUGCGCCUGGAGAGCUUCCCUGAACUUAUGACUGCGGCCAAGUUCCUCCUCAUGCGCUCUGUCAUCGACAUCUGCCAGGAGGUCAUCAAGCAGUCCAACGUGCAGAUCCUGGUCCCGCCGGCUGCGCGGCCGGACAUCAUGCUCUUCCGCCCUGGCGCAGCCACCACCGAGCUCGGUUUCCCGCUUGACAUGACCAACGGCGCUGGGCUGGCGCCCAACGGCAACGGCAUCGCCGGCAUGGCCGAGGAUGAGGCUGCGCGGGCAGCGCUCUCCGCUGCAGCCCCGCCCUCUCUGCCUGUGCUGCAGGGGGUGGACCGCCUGCCCAUGGUGGCCGGGCCACUCUCGCCCCCCCUGCUGGCCUCGCCCUUCCAGAACGUGGGGCCGUCAGCCCCCUCGCUGAGCAGCAAGAGGGGGAGGGGGCGCCCCCGCAAGGCGAACCUGUUGGACUCCAUGAUGUUCAGUGCGCCCGGGGGCCUGAGGGACGCGGGCAUUCUUCCGUGCGGCCUCUGCGGGAAGGUGUUCACCGAUGCCAACCGCCUCCGGCAGCACGAGGCUCAGCAUGGCGUGACCAGCCUGCAGCUGGGCUACCUAGACAUCCCCCCGCCCAGGCUCGGGGAAAACGGGGUGCCGGGGCUUGAGGACCCGCAGGCCCCCCGAAAGCGGAGCCGGACAAGGAAGCAGGUUGCCUGUGAGAUCUGUGGCAAGAUCUUUCGGGACGUGUACCACCUCAACCGACACAAGCUGUCGCAUUCUGGUGAGAAGCCCUACUCGUGCCCAGUGUGCGGCCUGCGGUUCAAGAGGAAAGACAGGAUGUCCUACCACGUUCGUUCCCACGAUGGCUCUGUGGGGAAGCCCUACAUUUGUCAGAGCUGCGGAAAAGGGUUUUCUAGGCCUGACCACUUGAAUGGGCACAUCAAGCAGGUGCACACGUCGGAGAGACCCCACAAAUGUCAGCAGGAAAUUGCCAGCCUCCAUGGAAUAAGCUCAGAGACAUCUACAUCCAUAGAGCAGUUGAAACUUCAAGAGACUUGCAACGCUUCCUUUGCCACCCGUGACCGGCUGCGCUCGCAUCUUGCCUGCCACGAAGACAAGGUUCCGUGCCAGGUCUGUGGGAAGUACCUGCGGGCGGCAUACAUGGCUGACCACCUGAAGAAGCACAGCGAAGGGCCAAGCAACUUCUGCACCAUCUGCAACAGAGGUUUCUCCUCUGCCUCCUACUUAAAGGUCCAUGUUAAAACCCACCACGGUGUUCCCCUUCCCCAGGUCUCCAGGCACCCGGAGCCCAUCCCGAAUGGGGGAGCAGCGUUCCACAGCACCAGGACCUAUGGCAUCAAAGAAGGCCAGAAAUGCUCACAUUCGGACCAGAUUGAGAGUUCGGAUUCCUACGGAGAGCUCUCUGAUACCAGCGACCUCAAGACUCCCGAGAAGCAGAAUGCCAACGGCUCUUUCUCCUGCGAGAUGGUGGUUGCCAAAAGCAAACUGGAGUCCGAGGGGGACAGGAAGUGCCCCUGCCCCGAGUGUGGCAGCUUUUUCAGAUCCAAGUCCUAUCUCAACAAACACAUGCAGAAAGUCCACGCCCGCUCCCUGGGGGCCCCGCUGGGGGACUUGGGCCCUGCCCUGGGCUCCCCCUUCUCCCCACAACAGAACAUGUCCCUCCUGGAAUCCUUCGGGUUUCAGAUUGUGCAGUCCGCAUUUGCCUCGUCACUCGUGGAUCCCGAGGUCGACCAGCAGCCGAUGGGGCCAGACGGGAAAUGAGGCCGGCUGUAGUGUUAACAAAGCAGCAGUCUGGGGGUUUUUUAUGUAUAACUGCAAGAUGGCUGGGAAGGAUGUGGGGAGCUAACAGAAAUCCAGUUUUGUAGUGGGAAAACGUUUGUUUGAAUUCCUUUUAGGUUAUUGCCCUUCCCUGUUCUUCUCCCUAAAUCUUCCCUGGGCAGAGAUUAUUUAUCAGCUGACACUGCAAGGUGCCUGCACGACAAUGAGCGGAUGUGCGAUUUGGGGGCUGCCAGGCAUCUUGCCGGCCUCUCAGUGACCCGGUUUGGAGGCCCACAAAAGAAAGACGUGCCGGAGAUGCUGGUCUGGGGAUGCGCAGGAACUCUUGAUCAAAAUGCUAUUGCUCUGACAGCGAGCCAGGCACCUGUGUGCCCUUCCUCCUUUCUCUCUGCCUCACAGCCCCAUUCUAGGAUUCGCAUAUUCGCAUCCUUGUCUGCUCAUAAAACACUCCCUGUGGAAUUCCGUAUGUUGAGGAGUUGCUUUCCUUCAAAAGAAAACACCAGAAAGCAGCAUUCUUUAAAAGCAGCAUUUCUGGUUAAAGGAAUCGCUUGGCGAGCGUCCAGGUGCUGCAGGCGAGGCUGCCACCGCCACAGCCCCUGCCUGGCACCACCAGGCAGAAGCCAGCUUUGGUGCAGGCCAGCUCUCGGCUCUCCUGCUCAAGCCCCUUGCCCAUGAGCGGAAGCCCCGGCGCCACGCGGGGCUUGGGCAAGAGAGCGCCUGGCUCCGUCGUGGCCCUCGGCUGACCUUGUGAGUCCCCCAAACCUGCUCUUGGUUUUCUGCCUCUCAUGAUUAUGAUCAUUAUUACUGCAUUUAUGAUUUUAGGACCUGUUGUAGUGAUUUGCUACUGAGAAGCCCUUCCGGGCGACUAUACAGAGCGCUCUUAAAGCAGCAGUCAUGUUAGGGUUAGUGUUGAUUUUUCUUUAGAUGUAUCAUAAUUAAUAACUUGGCUAGUUGAUUGUUUUAAGUCUAUGGGAUAAUAUAGUUAUGCAAAAUGGAAGAAUGGGGUGGGAGGGAAGGAAAGGAGGGAUUCGAAAACAACAGUGCACUCUUGGUUGGUUGAUGCAUUAAGACCCUUGAAGAUUACAUUUUUCAAUGCAACGCUACAUUUUUCUGUACCACCAACCUGUUUAGUGCAAAUUAUAGAGUUCACAGAAUGAUUUCAAUCAAGAAAAUAAUAAUUGGUUGGACUGCAUUAAAGAAGUUAGAAUGUUACUUUA